AUGAAGGGGCUCCCAGGUGCGAUAGACGUGGAGAAAUUUGCAGAGUCCCGGGCAUUCGAAAUCAACGCCAUGCACGAAGCCAUGCAUAACGCUAGGUCAAAUUCUACUGCGCGCGCUUGGCAGCAGCUCCCUAGACAUCUGCGUCGCCGAGCCGCAAGCCAUGAUGUCCGACGAGUUCCCCUGAGGUUGCGAGACAAGGCUCGUGCCGAAAUGGAUCCUGCCCGUCGCAAAGCACUAGGCCGCAAUAAUCCCAAACAAGGAAAACUCAAGAAGGUGCGGCGCACUGUAGCCCUCCUCCGUCGACAAAAGGAUAAGACGUGGUUGGAGACGCAUAUAUGGCAUGCGAAGAGGAUGCACAUGGACAACAUGUGGGGGUACAGACUGGCCAUCACGCCUACGGAGAAGUCAUUCAGGCCGUCACAUAGGGCAUCUGUGCAUGGGUCUAUCCUACACGAUGCUUCUUACUUCGCUACCAUUGAGCUCAAGGGUCCUGAGGACAUCAUCCGUGAGGCUCUUGCCAACUGCUGCGACUGUCAAGGACCCAGCGCCGGUGCAAAGAGGUUUCUAACAGGUGCCCGUGCGACUGAGACCUAUAUCUACGAAUACAACAAGUAUCCAUAUGGCCUCAUUGGUCCUGCUACAAUCAUGUGGCACGCCGACGCUCCAGGGCCGAAUGGGCCGCAGGCCCCUGCCAUUAUCAGAGGCACGAACGCCAAAGGAAAAGGCGAUGGAAAGGAGAAGGAAGUGCCAUGGGUAGACCCAGAGCGGCGUAUCCGGAUCGUCUGGAUCCGUGUCCAUCCUUCGAUGACGGAAGAGGUACACGAGGCGCUCCGUGUCUCGACGGCCUUUGCACUCGACGCGGCGAAGCAGACGGGACGCACUGCUGAGGUGGAAAUUGCGGACCUCAGAGAGCACUUCAAUGUGUUCGAGAUCAUGGGCCCAAAGGCAAGCCAGGUCAUCAAGGGUGCCUUAAAACCUGUAGACGACAAGCGAGACGAGUUCAAGCGGUUCUGGACCUCUUUGAACCGCAUACAGUCCGCAGGCGCAGUGCCGCGAGGGAUGGUGAUUGGUUUCACGGUCCACGACCCGAGGCUCAGUUUCCCGCCUAAGAACGUGAAACUGAAUAUCGAGAGUGGACCAUCGCUUUCGCCAGCGUCCACCGUUUUUCCUUCUGCUUGUCUGGCUCAAAGCCAGAUUUGGGACGAAGAUGUCCGGAUGGUCCUGCGCAAACCGAGGUACAAGAAGAAAGACUUAGACCAGCGUCGAUCAAACAACCUUGUCCCCGGAACGCCGCUGAAGUCCGAACGCAACGACGACCGCGUCCCCGUUCUCCUCAUUCAACGCUCGGUGGAGAAUGCCGCCCUCUCCCAGAUUCAAAACUUUCCCCGCCUCUCGUCGACGACGUCCCUGCACGGCUGGACGCUGAUCGUCCCCCAGGGCUGGGGCAUGCCCUUCCUGUCCUCUCUCAUCUAUACCGGCACCCGCGUCGGCGGACAACGUGAACGCCAGACACAGGCGUUCGAAGCGGGUUGCACAUAUUUCCCGCGCGACUUCCCGACGACAGAGGCGUACGACGUGUACGCCGAGGACAAGGAGGACGAGGAACGCGAGGCAUGGGAGCGGAAGCCCCCAGCGAAACGGCCGAAUUACGAGAAGCUGGGGACGAGGAGCCCGUGGAGGCCAGAUUGGGGCGUCGUGCUUGGUAUCGAAGAGCCAGCGAAGUCGCACCCGGAAGCGGAGGAGCUCCUAGACACGCAAAGGGACCCGAUGGUCGCUGAUGAGGCGGCGGCAACGGAAGGAAAUAGGAAGGUUGAUAUAUGGCUGCUGAGGGGCCCGGACAUCCCACAGCUUGUAGCGGAGGUCUCGUCGAUGCUGAACCCGGCCGCCGGACUACUCAGUCAGGUCAACCAGGCGCGCGCGAAACGCAAGCUUGACCCGCUUCCGGUGAACUUGCAUGCAGACGACUUGAUCAAGGGCGCGCUCGUUCAGGUCAGCAUUACGUUGUGCGGGCGAGGGUUUCCCGACGAUUUGGCUAUCAUCUACCGCGUCGGAGAUGACGAGGCGAAGGAGUGGAUGAGGGCCGAAGUGAAUAAGAAAAAUGGGCUCUCGUUGCUCCAAGAUGGGCCCGACGAGACUGAGCUAUCACAGGUUCCUCCUCCGUCUGAGGGUAUCAUUGGAUAUGUCACGACGGGUAACUUUUCGCUCUCGCUUGGUGAAGGACAUGCGGUUGGCGCUAUACCCCUUUCGCAGUAUCUGGACCUGCGCAAGCAAGCCCAGAGGCUGCGCAACGAUACGAAGCUGCUCGUCAAGUUGCGUAAUCGUCAUGAGACACGUUGCCGGGCGGCGCUAGUGGAGCUCUUGCAUUGA